CGCAGGAAAUGUGGUAGGGGACGCGGUGGGUGUCGGGGGCGAUGCCCACGCGCUGGCAGCCGGCCCACUCUGCGGAGAGACACGGUGACAGGGCGCGGGAACACCCAGGACUCCCCGGCACGGGUGGGCGGCACCCACCUGUGAUGUCGUAGAUCUUCCCCUCCAUCAUGGCCAGCCCCGGAGCCAUGGAGCCCAGUGUCCUCCCCUGCGCCCCGGAGCCGCGACCCUCGUAUGAGCCCGUCCCUGCCGCCCUCUGUGCCCUCGGGAGCGUCUUCGGGCUGGUCUGCGGCUGCUUCGGCUACCGCUGCUUCAAGGCCACCAUGUUCCUGUCAGGGCUACUCUUCGGCUCCACCGUCAUCUUUCUCCUGUGCCGGCAGGAGCGGGAGCUGCAGCUGAGCCUGGAGGCCAGCGCCACUGUCACUGCGGCCAUCGGGCUGCUGUGCGGGCUGCUCACCGUGCUGCUCCGCGCUGUCGGGCUCUUUGCCACUGGGCUGCUGCUGGGGCUGCUCGUGGCCACCGCCGCGCUGGUCACGGUGCUGCCACCACCGCCGAGCCCCUGGGUGACGGCGGGGAUGCUGCUGGGGCUGGCGCUGCUCUGCGCCCUCCUGGCGCUGCGCUGGCCCAAGGCUGUCACCAUCCUGGCCACUGCUGCCUUUGGCGCUGCUGUUGUGGUUGUGUGUGCAGAUUACCUGGCUGAGGGGCUGGCGCUGGUGGCCCACAUCACAGCACGGCUGCAGCUGGCGCCGGCGCAGGCACUGUGUUGGCACGGGUGGCUGCUGCUGGGUGCCUGGCCUGUGCUCAGCGUCCUCGGUGUCCUGCUGCAGUGGCGGGUGACGGCCAGUGGCUUCUCCCAUCGUGACGCCCCCCACAGCCGGUGGCAGCGGCCGCAGCAGCCAGAGCUCAAGUGCAGGCAGAACCCGGCCCCCUCCAAGGGCACUCACCGCUGCCGACCUCCCCCAGUGACACGCCAGGUGGGCGACGCACUGCCCCUGGGGAGUGGGGGUCCUGGGGGGGCCGCGCCAGGGCCUGACGGGCCACGCUGACCCCCCCUGUGAGCUCCCUGUGCAGCCUGCGGGACCGGCAGCUGGAGAGCGGCACCGUACCGGGACACCCACCUGCCCCGUGUCCCCUCUGUCCCUCUCCGGCUUCCCCUAUGUCCCCGCCUGUAAAUCCCCACGUGCCUCGGGGCACUCCCCACUCUCACUGCACCUGCCCUUUAAAUAGGCAAAUGGGGUGCCACAUGCACCGCCCCCCCAUGGGGGUGUGGCAGGGGGGCGGGGCUUAAUGCCACCUGGCUAUUGCAACACCCCCCCCCCCGCCCCGCUUUAAAAAUAAAACCCCGCUCAUAUUUUUGUACGACCUACUCAAACCCUGCGCUCCCCCCACCCGAAAGAUUCCACGCCCUGCGGAGCUGGGAGGUCUUACCCUCCCUGGGAGCCCCUGAUACCCCCCAGGACCAUGGUGACACCCCCCACCCCCAGGCAGAGCCCACCCAGCGUCACCACUGUGGUUUUAUUAUUGCCCGAAGGAUCAAAAUAAAAAGGGAGAAAGAGGCCGCAACACAAAACAGGACAGGCGGGCGGGGCAGGGCCGCAGCCCCACCCCAACGAGAAUUAAAAUUAAAAAAACCCAAACUCUAGAUGGGAGCGGCCGGUCGGCGACACCGAGAAUGACCGUUGAGGAACAAAACCACCCAAAUUGAACCGAACCCCGGGGUCGGGCAGGAACCGCCCCCCAACCCCCACUGGGCCCCCCGCCCUCACAAGUCCUGCUCCAGCUCCCACAGUUCCUGCUCCAGCGUUUUCCGUCUCCCUAGUUUCUCCAGCUGCUCCUUCGUUGGCUGCUUCACGUCCCCGGCAUCCACGCGUUGCUGCAGCUCCUCCACCUGCCGCAGCUUCUUCUUCAGGUUCUUGAUUUUGCGGCUUCUCUCGGCGCUGGGGGCGUCCCCCCCCUCGGCAGGAGGGCCAGGGGGGCAGCCCAGCUGCGGCGCAGCCGCGUCAUUGUCCCCCGGGGGUCCCUCGUUGUCCCCUCUGGCAAGCGAGACCUUUUCCAGCGCCUGGAUCAGUCCGUCUGCCUCCCGCUCCCCCUUCUCCUGCUGCUGCUUCCGUUUCUCUUUGCGUUUUAAGUUCCUUUUGGCUGUUCUAGACAGUCCCGUCUCGGCGUUGUCGGCACGGCCGGCUGGUGCUGCGGCCUCCGGGCUCAGUCCCGGUGGCAGCUCGGGUUUGCUUUUGAAAAACUUCACGUAUUUGUUCUCGUACCUGCGCCAAAUGAGGAUUCCUGAAGGCACCGCUCUGCCCCGCGGUGACAACCCCCUGUUACCAAACACCACACCCCCUGGCACCUCCUGUGUGGAGCACCCCCAAAUCCAGCUCUUUUCUGGGUGGCUCCGCCCCCUCCCCCGCAUGGCCUCCCCACAUCCUGCGGUUCUCGGGGGGAAGCGGGGUCAGGGGACGGUACGUACCGGCAGCACGCGACUUAUAGGGGAGGGGUGGGGGGAUCGGAAUUGGCUCAGGCACCUGGAAAGAGACUGAGACCUCGAGACGUCACCCUUGGGGACGGAGGGGACAGGAUGGGGGCUUCCCCCUCCCCCAGCCCGGGGAACAGCCCUGUUCCCCACCCCACUCCCCGCCUGUGUCCCCACUUACACCGGCACCUCCUCCUGCGGGAUGUAUCCCUCCUUCACUCGCCGCUGCUUCCGCCACGUCCCGUCCGGCCGCUGCGUGGACGCGAUGUACUUCCCUGCGGGGACACGGAGCGUCGGGGGCCACAGGAUGUCCCCUGGGGGCUGGGACAUCCCACCGACCCUGCAGGGGCCCCUGGAUCCCCCUCCAGACACCCCACGGGUGACCCGGGACACCCCGCAGCCACCUCCGGGGCUCCAGGACAGCCCAAAGACCCCCGGGACAUCCCCAGGGCCCCCAAGACACCCCGGGGGGAGCUGGGACACCCCCCAGGGAGCUGGGACACCCCGGGGGGAACUGGGACACCCCCCAGGGGAGCUGGGACACCCCAGAGUCCUCCUGGGCCCCCUCCAGACCCCUCGGGACACUCACAAAGCCUCACGGGGCUCCCCCUGUCCCGGGAUACCCCAGGCCCCGGGACAGGGGGACAAGGUGGGUCCAGCCCCACCGAGUCCGGAGAGGCGGGACCGCCACACAGCGACCAGGGCGGGCGGACAAAGCCCCUUACGGACCGGGAUGGGCGGGAGAAAGCCCCCGAGGGAGCGGGACGGGGGGAAAGAGGCCACGGGACCCCUCCCAGGCGGCGGGGCCGGGACCGGCCUCGCAGGGAGCGGGUGCGGGGAGGCCCCGCGGCUCGGGGGCGGCGGCGGCGCUGCCGCGGGGAUGCGGGGGCAAAGCGGAGCCGCGCUCACCGGUCUCGUCAGUCACAUAGGGAGUCGCCAUCUUGCGAGCGCGACACACUUCCGGCCUCCCGGGCACCGCCCCGGAAGUGGGGGCAGAGACGGGAGCGGGGCGGGGCAGCGGCGGAGAAUGCGCCGCGGGGCCGGCGGCCAUUUUGGACUUAAAGGGGCAGCUCCCCGAGUGGGGGGGACUCCCGGCAUGCACCGGGAGAGACCUCCCCUCCACCCCCAUCCGCCCCGGCGUUGCCAUGGCGACCGCAGGCCGGCCCCCCCCCCCCUUGUGCCCAUCGCCAUGUCGCCAGGCCCCGUCCUGUGACCCCCCGGCCCUGGGCGGACUCGGGGCGCUGUCCCGCCACAGGAGGAAAGGCGGGAGAGCAGGGACAAGUGUGUGUUCACGGCCCGUCCCCUGAGAUUCCGCCGCCCGCGGGUGCCGUGGGCCAGCAGAGCGAGGCGGCAGCGUCAGCCUCCCGGGUCCGGGCUGGCGGGCGGCGCCGUUCGUUUCCGGGACGUCCGGCCGCCCCCGGCAGGGCCGCGUUCGCGCCGCGGCUCUUUUUUGUUUUGUCGCGUUUGUUUCUUGGGGGUUUUUUGGCGGGAUUCCCGCGAAGCGCGGCACUGCCGCUCGCCCGGGGCUGCCGCGGCGGGGCUCGGUGCCGCCGUCCUGCGGGCAAAGCGCGGUGCUGCACCCGGCCGCCCCAACGAGGGGCCGCGGCGCGCCUCGGUGCUGCCGCCCUGUGGCAAAACGCGGGCACUGCAGCGCACGGCCAGCAGGGACAAUCAAAGGGAAGGGUUUCCUGCUGUGGGCGAACACACGCACAGCUGUUCAGUAUAAAGUGAAUUACCGAGGUUUGUUCUUUACUUUUUAAUUUCAUUCUUUGAAGCUGCACGCUUUCAGAUUUACUGACUGAGCCGGGCGCGCUGGCAGCGAUUGCUGAACUAGUUGGGAUUUUUUACUGUGUCCGGCCUCGUAUGUGUGGUCUGUUCUCACUUGCAGGUUGGACUUGGAGUUGAGAUAGAAGUUCCCUUAUUUAAAAAUACCCCAGCACAUCCCCUGACCCACAACAAAAAUAACGCCCAAAAAACCCAGCUAGAGAUGUUUUUUAAUUUCCUUCAGCUUUUUUUCCCAUUCCCUGGUGCUCACAGAGCAGGGAACGCCCAGGGGAGAUGACCAGGAUCUGACUGUUGGAGGGUGUGUGGAGCUGAAGCCGAGGGUCAGUGCGGAGCACAUCGGGCACUGGAGCAGCUGAAUGGAACUGCUUUGUGUCUGGACUUGUGAAUUCUUCUCAGAGGCUUCCCAGUUUCUGGUGUCACCUUGGGGUGAAGUGUUAUUCUGUGUGCAGCUUUGGAAGCUGAAGCUCCACUGCAAUCUACAGAGCUCCCUCAUUUUCCACCAGAGCUUCAAAUCACAGAGAUGAUGUUGCUGUGAAGCUGCUCAGGACAGCACGUGUUUUGUGUACAAUAAAAUGAUUCCUGCUGUGUGUGUUCCUCCUGUGAAAUAAAGCUGAGCUGCCCGUGUUCCAGUUCCA